AUGCUGAUAUUGAAUUUCCUAAUCCUCUGCCUCAUCCACUUCUUCAUCACAUUGAAACCCAGCGCGUUUGCCAGAAAUGUCAAUUUCCAUAACGUGAGACCGCCCGCAGAUCCUUCCCCAUUUCCAAACAGCUUCAAGUGUUUUACGUGUGAGAAAUCCAGUGACAAUUACAACUGCAACAGAUGGGCGGAGGACAAGUGGUGUCCACCAAAUACACAUUACUGUAAAGCAGUGCACCACUUCACAAGCCAUGGCAAAAGUAAAUCCGUCAUUAAAAAAUGUGCCACUCGGGAAGAGUGUCACCAUGUGGGAUGUCACCAUCACCGGGACUCGGGACACACGGAAUGCAUAUCCUGUUGUGAAGGUAUGAUCUGUAAUGUGGAUGUUCCAACAAACCAUACAAAUGCCAUCUUCAAUGUUCUGCACUCACAUCGGAAAUCAGAUGCCCACAGGGUCACAACACUCAUACCUACAAUGCUUUUGUCCACAUGGGUCCUCCUCAUCCUUUAG